AUGAGCAGAAACGAUAGCAAGAAGGAAGAGCUGCAGCAUCAGCUCCAGACACUAAACGUGCUCGAGGCCGAGCUCAAGUCGCUCAAGCCAGAUGCCAAGGUCUACAACGCGAUCCCUACCUCGCUCAAAGCGCCUUUGAUCUCUCAUGCUCACGGUCAGAAGGCACUCUUUCCCAACCUGGACGCAAAUUCGGCGCUCAAAGAUGUACAGAAACGAAAGGUGCUAUUAGCCAACCUACAGCAAUUUGAAUGA